UCCAAGUGAACAGAUAUGGGAUGGUGACAAUCGACAAGCUUAAUUUUGAAAAAAAUCACUCCAUCGCGUUCAGGUCCAACCUACGAGGUAUCACAUUGAAGGCUACUACUGUGAUCUCGGAACCAAAUAAAUUCAAAGGAUUUUAUCCAUUUGCUGACACAGAUUUAGACACUUUUGCUCAGAUGCACUACGAUUUGAACAUGAUUCUACAGGAUCAACUUAAUUUUAAAAUAGAUCUAGGUAUCGUCGACAGUUUCGGCUGGAAUUUGGGAAACGGAUCGUUUAGUGGGCUGACGGGUCAACUACAGAGAGAAGAGAUUGAUUUCGGCGGCAUCGGUUCAUUCAUAAGAAAGGAUCGAAUGACUGCAAUUGACUACACCGUAGGGACGUUCUAUAGACAGCCGGCGGCGUUGUUUAAACAACCACCACUAUCCAGCGUCCACAACAUUUGCAUUCUACCGUUCAAGUUUGAAGUGUGGAUGGUGACGCUUUUCACAUUUAUCGGAUUUACGAUUCUCAUCGCGUUCUUGUCCCGGACAACCCGUGCGUUUAAGAAGGACGAAAAAGAAACGUUAAACGUUUUGGAAUCGGUUACGAUCGUGCACGGAGCGAUUUGCCAACAAGGGUACACGAUGAAUCUGAACGCAGGGUCCAUACGAGUUGCCAUUUUCGUGUUGUUUUUGACUGCGGUAUUUUUGUUCACGUCAUACUCGGCCAGUAUCGUUGCAUUACUCCAGUCACCCAGCAAUUCGAUAAAAACCAUUAACGAUUUGGUGGAAUCAUCGAUGACAUUUAGCGCACAAAUCACUCCGUACAGUCGUGUAUACUUCGACGAAUCUGACGACCCACUUUUACGGAAGCUUUACGAUAAAAAAAUGAAAUCUCACGAUAAAGAUAUGUAUACAGAUGCUUCUACAGGAAUUACUAGAAUUCGAACAGAGUUCCAUGGAUUUUUGAUUGAAGUUGUAUCGGCGUAUAAAUUAAUUAGUCAAUUGUGGCGAGAAGAAGAAAAAUGUGGUAUAUCGGAGAUUCAACUUUUCAAAUUACCAAUACUUGCAUUAGCGGUUGUUAAAAGAUCUGGGUAUAAAGAUAUUUUAAAACAAAAAUUAAUGCAACAACAAGAAGUCGGACUCAAAAAUCGAAUCAUAAGACGAUGGAUCCCUGCCAAGCCUAUGUGUGAUUCUUCAAACCGAGCCAAUCAGUUUGUCAGUGUUUCUAUAAAAGAAAUAUAUCCCAUGCUUCAGAUAUAUGGAUUUGGAUUAUGUUUAGCCAUCGCCUUCGACUUAGAAAAUUUACCCAGAAUACUCGUAGUCACUAACUUUUUCCGUUUUUUAGAUUCAAAACAUGAUACACAAAAAGCGGAUUGGACAGAUGUAAAUGAUCUGAUAAAAGUCAUAUCGAACUUUUUCAUCCAAAGACACGUUCAAACAAUUACUGCUGCUACAUGUUGGCCAACAGAUGUAAAUGAAGAACUAUUAAAGACAUUAUCAACAAUCGACAAAUCGUUAAGUUUUCAUUUAUUUGCGCCUCAGACAUACGCCACGUGGUAUAGACAUGGGUUCAUAGUUGAUUUGUCUUGUGACAGGACAUUAAACUUCAUGCACAAGUUAUCAAAAGACCGAUUAUUUAACUUGCAAAACGACUGGUUAUUGUUUAACCAAAAUUCAAUUUCAAAUACAAAUGAUACCUUGACGAUUGCUUCGGUUGUUUUUGAGACAUAUUUGGGUAAAUCAUACGUGUUGCCAGAUUCUGGUGUGUUCUUGUUUCAAGAAAUCAGAAAUAAUGUUUGGGAGAUCUGGAGUGGUUUCCGAGCGAGUAAAUUAGAUACGAUUCGAGUCUUCAAAACCGGUUUGGCUUCAGAAUAUCACAUUGAAAUCAGCGAUUCGAAUGAACUGAGAACGAAUUUUCGAGGAGCUAAUCUAAGAGCGACUACUGUGAUUUUCAACCCAUCUGAAUUUGUCGGUUUCAAUCAGACAACAACUUCCGGCUUGGAUGUAUACGCUUAUAUGCAUUAUCCAAUGAUUCAAAUUUUAGCUUACCAACUGAACUUUAAUUAUACCAUGAGUAUAACUGAUGAUCAUGGUUGGUCAUACGGUAAUGGUUCUUUUUUCGGUUUAACUGGAAUUUUGCAAAGAGAAGAAAGUGAUUUUGGCGCUGCUGGGUCGCUGAUGAGACUCGAUAGAAUGACAGCAGUUGAUUUUACAGUUGGAACGGAAACGACUAAUGAAAUAUUGAGAAAACUUUAUGAUAUGAAAAUAAAACCAUAUGAUGAAAGCAAAUCAUUUACAAAUGCAUCAAUGGGAAUUGAAAGGAUUCGCACAGAAUUUCAUGGGUUUAUGGUUGAAAAAACGUCAGCUUAUCAAAUCAUUAAUAAAAAAUGGAGCGAAGAAGAGAAAUGUGGAUUAUAUGAAAUUCAGCUGUUCAAAUUACCUGUUCUGGCUAUACCCGUGGUUAAGAAAUCUGGUCACAAAGAUGUGUUUAAACAAAAGCUGAUACAACAACACGAAGUUGGGAUUAGAAAACGAGUGAUUCAACGAUGGACGCCACAAAAGCCGUUCUGUGACUUGUCGAAAAGAAAUAGGAAAUAUGUCAGUGUAUCUAUCAAAGCAAUUUUUCCAACAAUAAUGUUGUUUGGUUAUGGAUUGUUAAUUUCAUUGACGGUGUUUAUGUUGGAACUAGCAUAUUAUUAUUUUAGACAUGUUCAAACAGUAACAGCUGCAAUUACUUGUUGGCCAUUUGAUGUCAAUAAAAGGCUUUUGGACGAUCUCUCGACCGUCGACAUAUCCGUGUCUUUCAGAUCACCCACGCUACAAACGCAAUACUAUUCCACGUGGUACAGAUGUGCCUUUAUAAUAGAUCUGUCUUGUGAAAAUUCAACAGAAACAUUGCAACAGAUUUCAAACGAUCGCCUGUUCAAUACGCAAAACGAUUGGAUACUGUUUGAUCAGAGUUCAUUCGCGAAUGAAACGAGCUCAGCUCAAUUCGCAUUGCGAACAUUUCAAGUGUAUUUGGCCAAUGCCUACGUUCUACCGGAUGCCAGCGUGUUUUUAUUCAUAAAAACCUAUGGUGGCGUUUGGGAGAUUUGGAGUGGUUUUCGGGCUAGUAAAUCAGACUCGAUAAGAGUUUUCGAAAUUGGUAAGGCGUCGUCGAACCGGUUGACAAUACGCGAAAUAAAUGAAGAGAAAAGGAAUUUCCGCGGUGCUACAUUGAAAUCUACAACAGUGAUAAUCGACAGAGAUCAUUUUUUUGGAUUCGAUAAAAAAAUUACUUCUGAUUUGGAUGUAUUUGCUCAUAUGCAUUAUGAAAUGAUCGUUACAUUAACUAAUCAACUUAAUUUUAAAAUAGAACUUACCAUUGUCAACGAUUACGGAUGGUCUCUGGGCAAUGGUUCGUUCGGUGGUUUAACCGGACUUUUACAAAAAGAAGCAAUUGAUUUUAGUGCAACUGGUGUUUUUAUUCGACCAGACAGAAUGUCAGUAAUCGAUUUUACGGUUGGCACAGUUGCAUUACGAACCACAGCAAUUUUUAGGCAGCCUUCGUUGUCUAGUGUACAUAAUAUUUUGUUAUUACCAUUCACGUCUGAUGUCUGGAUAAGUGUGUGUGCAACUUUUUGUGUAUUUGUAAUCACUUUGAUUUUUUUAAUACGUGUGAAUAACUACUUCGAAGAAAAAAAAUAUAGUACACUAAAUGUUCCAGAAAUAGUAACCUUGGUUCACGGUGCUAUAUGUCAACAAGGGUUCAAUUCAACUUCAACCUUGGUAUCUAUACGUGUCGUCAUCUUUGUGCUAUUUUUCACAUCACUUUUCAUAUAUACGUCGUAUUCCGCAAGCAUUGCUGCAUUAGUGCAAUCAAACAGUAACUCAAUCAAAUCUAUUAAAAAUAUAGCAGAAUCGUCAAUGACAUUUAGCGCUCAAAUUAGUCCAUAUGGAAAACUUUAUUUUGAAGAAACAGAGGAUUCCGAUUUAAAGAAACUUUAUAAGACCAAAAUGGUGCCUCGUGGUAAUGAAGCGUUCGUUAGAGCACCGGAAGGGAUGGAAAGGAUUCGAACAGAAUUUCACGGAUUUCUGGUAGAAGUUAUGUCAGCCUACAAGAUAAUCAGUAAAGAGUGGCGCGAAGAGGAGAAAUGUGGCUUGGGCGAAAUUCAACUUUUCAAGAUACCGCUUUUAUCAAUUGCAUUAGUUAAAAAGUCUGGACACAAAGACAUAUUCAAACAAAAACUAAUACAACAAAUGGAAGUCGGGCUGAGUCAACGAAUCUCUAGUCAGUGGAUACCUCCGAAGCCAUCCUGUGGAUCGUCCAGUAGAGCAAAACAAUACGUCAGCGUCUCCGUUAAAGAAACAUAUCUAACACUUGCAAUAUUCGGAUACGGUAUUUGCAUUUCAUUGGUGAUUUUUAUACUAGAAGUAUUACAUUUCAACUGGAUGAAUCGCGGAUCUAAAAAAAAAAUUGUCGAAGUAGACACUUUUAAAUUUUAA